AUGUCCGACCCGAAUCCACUCCUCCUGCUUGUGCAGCAGCUCCAGCAAGAGCUCCAAAACCAGCGCCUUGAUAUUCAAAACCAGCGUAAUGAAAUACAGCAACUACGUGCGGACCUUGAUGCUUCCCGAACAGAUGUCCACCAGCUUCGUACGCAGCUUCUUUCCGUCCAGACACCCAGAUCCCGCCUGCCAGAUCCGCCUCGCUUUAACGGUAAACCAUACACGCUUCGCACAUGGCUCCCGUCAAUUAAAGCAAAACUUCGAUCAGACCAGCUCGUAGGAGCUGAUGCUUUUGACUAUGUAUGGGAUCGACUAGAACAGUCUCAGCAAGCUUCUGUCCUGCACCUCCGCCAAUCUGCCGAAGAAAACCAGCUAUGGGAUCCUGAAGUUAUUUUCUCUUUUUUUCAGCGUCUAUGCCAUAACCCACGGGAACAGCAGGAGGCUAUUCAGCGCUUUACUUCUAUACAACAGAGGGAUGACGAAUCGCUUAUCGCCUACCUUGCUCGUUUUGAACGACUUUCAUAUGAAGCCAAUGUAAACUCAUGGCCAGAUAUAUCACGUGUUACCACGCUACACCGGGGCUACGGCCUAAUCUCCGUCGAAUACUAG